AUGGUUAAAAUUUCGAAUGAUUGUCUCAAUAACAUUGUUAACGCCGAAAAGCGUGGUAAACGUCAGGUUCUUGUUCGACCUUCUUCAAAGGUCGUAGUCAAGUUCUUACAAUACAUUGGCGAAUUUGAGGAAAUUGAUGAUCAUCGUUCUGGUAAAAUAGUUAUUCAAUUAAACGGUCGUUUAAAUAAAUGUGGCGUCAUCUCUCCUCGCUUCAACAUUCAAUUGGAAGAUAUUGAGAAAUGGGUUAAUAAUCUGUUGCCAUCUCGUCAAUUCGGUCAUUUAGUGUUGACUACAAGCGCUGGCAUUAUGGAUCACCACGAAGCCAGACGUAAACAUACUGGUGGUAAAAUUAUUGGUACGCGAAAUUUAAAAGGUUUUUCAAUUGGCCCAAUCAAUCGGUUAUAA